GCGCAGGCGCAGUACAGAUUGCUCGACGACGAGGGGCUCGCGCGCAGCCCUGGGAUGCCGGAGCGGGUGCGAUGGCUCCCGCCAUGCAGUCGACCGAGUUCCAGUUCGCCCAGCGGCUGGCCUCCAGCGAGAAGGGGGUCCGCGACCGCGCCGUGAGGAAGCUGCGGCAGUAUCUGAGCGCAAGGACGCAGAGCGACACAGGAAGUUUCAGUCAGGAAGAACUCCUAAAAAUAUGGAAAGGACUCUUCUACUGCAUGUGGGUACAGGACGAACCCCUUCUGCAGGAGGAGCUAGCGAACAUUAUUUCCCAACUCAUCCAUGUUGUUAACAGCUCAGAAGCUCAACACCUGUUCAUUCAGACCUUCUGGCAGACAAUGAAUCGAGAGUGGCAAGGCAUAGACAAGCUGCAGCUGGACAAGUACUACAUGCUCAUCCGCCUGGUCCUGAGGCAGUCCUUUGAGGUUCUCAAGCAGAAUGCCUGGGAAGAAAGCCAAAUCAGACUUUUUCUGGACAUCCUGAUGAAGGAGAUCCUGAGUCCCGAGAGUCAGUCUCCCAAUGGCGUGAGAUCCUACCUGAUCGCUGUUUAUUUGGAUGAGCUUUCUACCGUGGGAGGGGGAGAGCUUUUAGCAGAUCAGAACCUCAAGUUAAUUGAUCCAUUCUGCAGAAUUGCUGCCGAGACUAAGGACCACACACUGGUACAGACUGUAGCUAGGGGUGUUUUUGAAGUCAUUGUAGAUCAGUCUGCUUUUGUACCUGAAGAGACUGUGGAAGAACAGAAAACCAAACUGGCUGAUGUUGACCUCCCUGGAGAAGAGAUCCCUGCAAACAAGACAGCCUGUAGAAAAGCAGUCAGUGGGAAGAAGGCCGCACUAGGUGAAUGCCUCGAAGAUAGAGUCGUUGGCAGCAGAGAAAGAGGUAGCUGUGCAGCCUUGAAGGAUUCGCGCUCGCCGCUCCAGUUUGACUAUAGGGCUAUUGCUGAUAGACUCCUGGAAAUAGCCAACUUGAAGAGCACACCUCCAUUCAACCGGAAGCGCCUCUGCAAACUGAUCAGAAAGUUCCAGGAACUCUCUGAAGGCAAUAGUGCUCAACUCAGUCUUGCUGAGGACAUUUCUACUGAUGAAAACUGUCAAGCCCUCAAUCAGAGAAGGCACAAGAAGAAAAGAAAGAAGCUUGUAGAGAGCUCUGCCUUGGAAAGGGAGAAAGGAAACACAGUCUCUCCUGGUGAAGAGAUCAGUGGAGGCCACAUUCACAAGAGGAAAAGAAAAAAGAAGAAGAGGAGCCACUUCCAGUCUGAGACUCGGUUCCUAGAUGCUGCUGCCAUGCCCCCAGCACAAAGUACUGCCAGUGGGCCUGGCACCGCCCAGAGGCAGGCCUCACAGGCAUGUGUGACUGCGCCUGCGGCAGAAGCCUUACCUAGCACCGGGGAGAACAGUUCCGAGCCCACACCCAUUAUGCCCACACACAACAAAAAGAAACGGCCAAGAAAGAAGAAUCUGAGGGCCCACAGAGAAACCAGGAAGUCCACCACUUUACCUCAGGAGGACGUGUCAGAGAAUGACCCUGUCGGUGGGCAUCCUCAGAACUCUGCUGCCCACGUUUCUUCCUCAGGAGGUGUCCAAGCCCAGAAGAGAAAACGGAAACUCGGAGCUCUCCUUGUUAGCAGUGGUGGCCUGACCGUGCAGAAGGCAGGUACCCCAACAAGCCCAGUAGAAGGGAAAGAUGACCAGACCACCCUGCCCCAGUGUAAGACACCACAAAAGAAGAGAGCCUCCAGCAGCCUUGACCUCUGUGAUACGUCCAGUCAAAAAACAGCAAUCUUAAAAAAGAGGAAAAAGAUGAAACAUAUGUCGAACUUGACAGAGCACAACGGAGUGGUGGAGUCCAGCACCAGGCCGAUCCAAGAUCUGGGAAGCAACAGGACUCUGAAGACGGAGGACGACUUUGUGAAGUUUGACACCAACUUCUUACCAAAGCCCCUGUUCUUCAGGAAAGGAAAGAGCAGCCCCGCCACCCAUCCUCAAAGUCCUGCUGUCCAGCUGAAUAAAACACCCUCCAGUUCCAAGAAAGUCACCUUUGGGUUGAACAGAAACAUGACUGCAGAAUUUAAGAAGACAGACAAGAGUAUCCUGGUCAGCCCCACAGGCCUCUCCAGAGUGGCCUUUAACCCUGAACAGAGGCCACUCCACGGAGUGCUGAAGACCCCCACCAGCUCCCCGGCCAGCACUCCUCCGUCAGCCAUGAAGCUACCAGUCAUCACCCCAAAGAGAAGGCCAAGGGCUGCAGACUUCUUCUGAGAGCCAGAGACCCUUUUUAAAGACUGCUUUUAUACUGGAUAUUCUAUAAAUUAUAACUUUUAAAUGUGGGCUUUUUAAGUAUUUUACAAAUCCCCAUGAAUGGGGCAGAUAUCCUGAACCUGAGCUGCUGUCCCCAUUCUUCCUGCCAGGCCCUCGUUCUUGUCUGAGUCCAUGCACACACUCAGCAGAAGGACUAAGUGCUGUUGGUAUGUGGAGGCCCCUCCUAGGUGCCCAUUGCUGCACCUGCCACAGUACGUUGCCUUUCUGGUUAUUUGUUAUCUCAGUCUGUCUUCUUGUGAAAGCAUGUCAGCUUCAGGCCUGUUCUGUGGGUACUUGGCUGUUUCCCCAACGAUGGCUCUUGGACCCCAAUAAGCAAUAGUGUAGCUUUUCUACAUGUGACCAGCAGGGGAGUGGACAGCUCUGGGGUAGAGAAAAGCUACUCGUCCAUAAGGCUUUUUCUCCUCUGCCCAGCCUGUUCCUGUCCCUGUCUUCUACCUCUAUAGCAAGCCCAAAGUGUCUUUUCAGGAGGGCCUGUCCUGUCCCUGUCCCUGUCCCCUUCCCCCAAGGCUGUGGCCCAGAUUAGCACACUGUUUUCCAGGCCUUGGGCACAGUUCUUACGCCCAGUGAGUCCCGGGCCUUCCUGACUACACCUGGUUUUUUCCCUCAAGGUUUGCACCCAUGUUGUCUGGACCCCAGGCUCUUCCUGAACAGGAAGUUGGCCUCCCGGGAGUAAAUGCACUCAGUGCGCCUGUUCCCUCAGUCCACAGGGUUUUUACAGCUCUUCCAGCUUGAGCUGGAAUCAAACCAGGGAGAUGCUCAGACUUCCACUAAAACAAAGCCUGCACAGCAGUUGGUACCUGGGGCUGAGGGGUGGAGAGGCUUGAGCACAGCAGGCAGUUUUACAGUUAGGAGCUACAGGCUUGACAGGGCAAGACCCGGGGCCCUGGCUCUCGAGCACUCAAAGCACACUGUCAGCCUGAUGGGCGCAGGCUACCCCCAGCUACCUCCUGCUCUCUGCACCCUGUGAAGGAGCCCCAGUUUCACACGGCCACUCCUUGGUAGACUGCCACCGGGAUGGCAGUUCGUGUGCACGCCUCUGGCUUCACUCCACACAGCCAAGGGGUCCGCCUCCUCGUGCUGGACCAGCUGACCCCUGAAUGGCAUUCCCAGUAGGAAUGAAGCGGUGACUCUGCCUGUUCAGUAAUAAAGUGUAUUGUUAGGCCAUAAGAAUGAAGAUAUUCUGCUGUUGUCACAAUAGGUCAUGUGCAGCGUAACUUGUGGUUGCAUGGUUACAAUGUGCCGAGUUUGACAGUCACAUUCAAAACUAGAACCUGUGUGGAGAAGGUCAGGGUGAAGGCAGCAGAUGCUGUUAGCCCAACAAUCUUCUUUUCUGUUUUAAAGAUAGCAUAUCUUUAAAGUGGGUCAUGUGGUCCAGUGGUGUGGGACGAGUCACCAGGCAGCAGUGGUAGAAGCAUCCUCACAUCAAUUCCCCGCUAGCUACCCAUCCUCAGGGACCAGUGAGUGUCCUUGGAAGCAGGUCUCCUGCCGAAAUUGCCUCCAGGGCAGACGGCAACCUCUUGAUUGCUGCAUUUAUAGUGGGCACAACUGUGCCUGGCAGGAAAGAGUUUGGGUUUUACUUCUCAUGUGCACGACCUAGGGAGGCUCUUGUCACAUAAAGGAAUGCAUUUAUAAUGCCAUCUUUGUCCUUGGUACGUAUUAUUUCCUCAAGUAAAAUUGCUGCUAGAUCUGGAAGUCCAGAGAAGUAAAGCUUAGCUCUGGCAACAUGAAUAGUGUUUGGGAAAAUGAUUGUUUCCAUCCUGAGUAGUGUAGAUACAGUCAGUUUUGCACAAUUUAGUUUCAAACUUUUUUUUUUUUAAGUCUUAUUUUUUAUCCCAUACAGCCCCACACUGUUGGUUAUCCUGACUCAUCCUCACUAGUGCUGGGACACAAUCACCUUCCCCACCUACCCACCCCCCUAACUGAUGCACAAGGAGCAUGGCAGAGGCAAGGCUGUUGCCUUCCUGGGAAGUGGGUCUGUUUUUGCUGGACCACGUGACUACCCGCUGUGCUGUUUGUUUAUGGUCAAAUUGUGUUGGCGUCACCAGGGCUUGUCGGUACAAAUCAAAGCCAAGACCGAUUAAAAGAAGUAUGUUUUUA